CGGCCUUGGCUCAUUGCAGGAAGGGGUGGAGCCUGAUCUCAGACUAUGCUCCGGUUGAGGUUACAGCGAGGACUGCGCUCGCAGUUACCGAAGGCUUAUCAUGGAGACGAACGGGUUGGGAUCCCAGGGUUUUCCAGAGCUGAAGAAUGACACGUUCCUGCGAGCAGCCUGGGGAGAAGACACAGACUACACUCCAGUUUGGUGCAUGCGGCAGGCAGGCCGCUACUUACCAGAGUUUAAGGAAACUCGGGCUGCCCAGGACUUUUUCAGCACCUGUCGCUCCCCAGAGGCCUGCUGUGAAUUGACUUUGCAGCCACUUCGUCGCUUCCCUCUGGAUGCUGCCAUCAUCUUCUCCGACAUCCUUGUUGUACCCCAGGCACUAGGUAUGGAGGUGACUAUGGUGCCUGGCAAAGGGCCCAGCUUCCCAGAGCCAUUAAGAGAAGAACGGGACUUAGAACGCCUCCGGGAUCCAGCAGCAGUGGCCUCUGAACUAGGCUAUGUGUUCCAGGCCAUCACCCUCACCCGACAACGGCUGGCUGGGCGUGUGCCACUGAUUGGCUUUGCUGGUGCCCCGUGGACUCUGAUGACAUACAUGAUUGAGGGUGGUAGCUCAAGCACCAUGGCUCAGGCCAAGCGUUGGCUUUACCAGAAACCACAGGCUAGUCACCAGCUGCUUCGAAUCCUCACUGAUGCUCUGGUCCCAUAUCUGGUGGGACAAGUGGCUGCUGGCGCCCAGGCAUUGCAGCUCUUUGAGUCCCAUGCAGGGCACCUUGGCCCACAGCUCUUCAAUAAGUUUGCCCUGCCCUAUGUCCGUGAUGUGGCCAAGCGAGUGAAGGCCAGGGUGCAGGAGGCAGGCCUGGCACCAGUGCCUAUGAUCAUCUUUGCUAAAGAUGGACAUUUUGCCCUGGAGGAGCUGGCCCAAGCUGGCUACGAGGUGGUUGGGCUUGACUGGACAGUGGCCCCAGAGAAAGCCCGGAGGAGAUCGGACGGCUGGUGCAGAAGAUGCUGGACGACUUUGGGCCACAGCGUUAUAUUGCCAACCUGGGCCAUGGACUCUACCCUGAUAUGGACCCAGAACACGUGGGGGCCUUUGUGGAUGCCGUGCAUAAAUACUCACGUCUGCUUCGACAGAACUGAGCUUACACAUUCACCCUCAACUACCACUAACAAAGAUGAUGUUUCUAGAAGAAUAAAAAUUCUAGAGUUGGAGUUUAGCAUAUGGUUUCAUGUGUGGAAGAUCUUUGCCCUUACCCUCAGUUCCUUCUUAGCCUCUGCUGCUUCCAUGGGGCCCCUUUCUGCAUCUUCUCCAAGUCAUAGGAGCUCAGGUAUCAAUGAGUAUAUAUUGUAGGACUUACUGUCAGGA